AUGGGUGCAGCCUGCUGCAAACCAGAGGCAAUCGACUUCGAGGGCGAAGUAAACCUAUUCCACUUCUACCUGUUGAGAAGUGUAGGGAAGGGUGCUUUCGGUAAAGUCCGAGUGGUCCAGCAUAAACACUCGAAAACCCUUUAUGCCCUAAAGUACAUCAACAAGGCCAAAUGUGUAAAGAUGAAGGCUGUCGCCAAUAUAAUACAGGAGAGGAGGCUGUUAGAAGAAGACGAUGAGAACUGCUUCUUUGUUCUGGAUCUGAUGCUGGGUGGAGAUCUAAGGUUCCACUUGGAUCGAGCUGGAGCGAUGAGCGAAGAAGUGGUCCGGUUCUAUGUAGCGGAGAUAGCGAUGGCAAUUGAUUAUCUACACUCGAAGAGGAUCGUGCAUAGAGACUUGAAACCCGAUAAUAUACUGCUAGAUGAGAAGGGACACGCGCAUAUCACCGAUUUUAACAUUGCAGUGCACUUCUCAGAACGACGUUUGUUAACAGGGGUGGCAGGAAGUAUGGCUUAUAUGGCUCCCGAGGUCCUGACGAAACGAGGUUAUUCUGCUCCGGUGGAUUUCUGGUCACUGGGUAUAUUAGCGUACGAGCUAUUGUUCGGCAAACGACCGUUCCGAGGACGAACCAAUACAGCUCUUACCAAUUCAAUACUGAAUGAACAUCUUCUGUGGCCGGAAGAUGCUCCAGGCAAAUGCUCAUCAGAUGGUAUGCAUGCCAUAAAAUCGCUCCUUGAUCGAGAUCCGAAUAAACGAUUAGGAUACCGUCCAGGAGGAGGAGGUUUCGAAGACAUCAAGGCUCACGCUUGGUUCAGGAAUAUCAACUGGGAUCAGCUGUACAAGAAAGAAGUGGUACCGCCAUUUGAGCCAGACUCCAAACGCGCAAACUUUGAUGCCACCCACGAACUAGAGGAAUUGCUAUUGGAGGAGAAUCCUCUCAAGGCGAGGAAGCGAAAGGAAGGACAGGAUUUGGAGAUGAUGACGCCGGAAAUGCGAAUGAUGGAGGAGCACUUCAAGAUCUUCGAUUACACGAAAACACAACGUCGGUCAUACUAUCACCCAGCUGGAACAGGUACAAGCGCGGCCAAUCAAACCGUUUCGAAUGGUACGACAGCGACAGCGGUAUCUUCUCAUCUUUCCGCAAAAAUGGCUGAGCUCUCUCGCCCCGGCACGCCCAGCGAUAGGACUGGAUUAGUCAGUAAGACCGGACUGGAUGUGGAAGGGCAGAUACUGGAUGGAGGCGGUAUGGCUAAUGUCGGUGGACGAGGGUUGAAAGCGAGUUCCCAACCGGAUGGGAGGUCAGACAGUCUCGACAUAAGGUCGAAUACAGUGAGACAGUCUACGCCGCUGAGGCAUUCUUCAACGAAUAGUGGUCCAUCACCGACGGAGGAAAUGAAAGAUGUCGGUAAUGCUAUAUGA